AUGGCUCCCCGCAGAGGCCUCGCAUCCAGCGGACCCGUGGCGUUGGUCAGUCGAGCUUGGCAGCUCGCAUUGUUUGUCACGCCAUUUCACCGAAUGUUUUUCAUCAAUGACCUUCAUAUCGCGUAUCCGCAUGCUGUACGUGAGAGGGUAUCUGUCCGCGUCCUCAUCCUCUACAACCUCGUCGCUAGAUCACCCAUCGUAAAGCACGAAGUCAGCUACCUCUCCUUUUUCAUAUCCAUAGUCCUCACAUUAUUUCUCACCGACAUGGUCAAGAACGCCGUGGGUCGACCUCGUCCUGACCUCCUGGAUCGAUGCCACCCGUCCCCUGGAACAAAAGAGAAUGUCCUAGUCACUAUCGAGGUGUGCACCACCGAAGAAUCGCACAAGUUACAGGAUGGAUGGCGAUCGUUCCCAUCUGGCCACUCAUCUUUCUCCUUCGCAGGAUUAGGUUUCUUGAGCCUGUUCCUUGCCGGACAAUUACACAUUUUCCAUCCCCCAAUUGGAGGGAGGGAUCUAGGCAGAGCAUUGAUUUGCCUGUCACCCCUUGUUGCGGCGACACUGAUUGCCAUUUCGCGCUGUGAGGACUACAGACAUGACGUAUAUGACGUCUGUGUUGGAUCAGUGCUGGGGAUGAGUGUAGCAUAUUGGAGUUAUAGACGUCAUUGGCCGAGGUUGUCGAGCGCUAGGUGCCAUGAGCCGUAUCCUCGACCGGGCGCGGAUUUGCAGUCUGCAGCGUGGCAGAGGGUUCGUGAUGAGGAGCAAGGUGGCCCUGCUAUGGAUGACGAAUAUGAGCUUCAACCGCAACGAUCGUCUUGA